AGAAAGUGGCUCUUUCCCUUCACUCUCUGACUGAAACCGAUGCUUCCGAAGAAGAAAAAAAAAGAGUAUGUCACAGUCUUUUAGAACGCACAGACCACAUCAUUAGGGAAGUAGAAGAGGCUUUGGAUAAGUUGAGGGGGGCACGUUUCUCUGAAAACGAAACUUCUCUUCGCGAAGAAAGAAGUCAUCUCAUUCAGCGCUACCAAACGCUAAAAGAAAAAUUGAGAAAAGUAAGGGGAAUUAUCUCGCGACAAGCCGGAGAAGAGGUAAUGGUAGUGACUCCACUUCAACAAAAGAAUGUCAAAAUAGGUUAUUGUUAUUUUUGCGAUGUAAGUAUUUCGGAUAAUUUUGCUUACAAAUUAAACGAGAGAGAACAAAGCACGCUUGGUAUUGAACUGGCGGAGGGGACUGCUUUUUGCUCGCAAAAUCAAGUGGAAAAGCCUGAAAAUGCUGGUUUUUUUCGUCGUCUAGGGCAAAAAUUAGGUUUAGUAAAAAAACCUAAUCCUCUUUCUAAAAUAGAGAGAGUAAGAAGAUUAAAAGAGAAAUUAAACAUCCAACUGAAAAGCGAAGGAGAAGAACUGAAAAAGGCUUUAUUAUUCCUUUCAUUAAGCAAACAAAAGGAGGAAGAAAGAAAAAGAUUAGAAGAAAAGUUUCUCUCUAAAAAAAAUAAAAUUGAGCCAAUAGAACUCCCAAAUAUUCCAGUCGAAAAUAUACUCGUUGCCGAGUAUGUGGUCGCUCCGGGUCAGUUUUUAAAGACACCUUGCUUUGUCGAAUUGAUUUUCGCAAGCAAGUUUAUGAGGGACUGCUACCGGGUUGGCGGAAAGGUUCUUGGUAAAAAAUUAAAUUUAGAAAUAUUAACUAACCAACUUGCCAUGGUGUUAGAAGCCUUGGAGGAAUACAUUAGAAAGGAGAAUUGUUAUUCUGAUUGGACCAGCAAGGAACAAUUUUUUAACCGAACUAUGCCGAAAAAUGAGACGACUUCGGAGAAAGCCGAAAAUCACUUUUUUUCUCAAUUUUAUGUCGCGAAAAAUGGCAAUAACCGCCUUUACUCUGCUUAUGAAGCGGCAAGUGAAAAGGAAAAUAGAAAGAUAAUUAAUCUUGACCUAGAAAAUCCUCUCCAUUGCCAAGCCUACUUAGAAAUUAAUAAGGAGUUUGGUUAUGCUCCUCAAACUGAAAAAGAACAACGAGCCAAUUAUCCAAAAUAUUAUGAGGUAAAAAUUAAGGGUGAUGCCGAGCAAGAAAAAAUUAAAGAGUUAGAGGAAAAAAAAGACCGUCCAAAGCCAAAAGAUGAGCGAGAACGAGAAAUGAUUCUCGAAGCGUUUGCCGAAGAAACUUUAAUGUCUCUUGAACUUUAUAUCCAAAAACUUGACUAUUAUCCGGGCUGA